ACUUCUUGGUUUUUUUUCCGGUUGCCCUUGUUUUUUAACCGCGCGGCGAGUCGCGAAUUCGUGAUUUGCGCGUGUAAUUUUAUGGUUAAGUAUCCUGAACUUAUAUUUUCUCUUCGUAAUAAAUUAAUAAUUGUAGUAAAGUGUAUGUACAAAAAUGCCUGACAUGAAAUACAUUUUGGUAACUGGUGGUGUUAUAAGUGGCGUAGGAAAAGGUGUCAUCGCAAGUUCUUUUGGCACAAUUCUUAAAAGCUGUGGUAUUGACGUGACUUCGAUUAAAAUUGACCCAUACAUUAAUAUCGACGCAGGAACUUUCUCUCCAUACGAGCACGGUGAAGUUUAUGUACUAGAUGACGGGGGUGAAGUAGACCUUGAUCUUGGCAACUAUGAGCGCUUCCUGGAUAUAACGCUGCAUCGAGAUAACAACAUUACAACGGGCAAAAUAUAUCAGCAGGUGAUUGAGCGUGAGCGCCGCGGCGACUACCUGGGAAAAACAGUACAAGUUAUUCCCCACAUAACUGAUGCCAUACAAGAAUGGGUGCAGAGAGUAGCUCACAUUCCUGUCACACCAGAGAACACGCCUCCCAUGGUAUGCAUUGUAGAGUUGGGAGGUACCAUAGGUGAUAUAGAAGGGAUGUCUUUUGUUGAAGCAUUUAGACAGUUCCAGUUCAGAGUGAAACGGGAAAAUUUCUGCUGUGCUCAUGUGUCUCUGAUACCAAUGCCAAAAUCAACAGGAGAGCCGAAAACAAAACCAACACAAUCAUCUGUGCGUGAAUUAAGGGGCCUUGGACUAUCACCAGAUUUAAUAUUGUGUCGCUCAGAAAAACCUAUAAACCACAAUGUCAAAGAAAAGAUCUCCAACUUCUGUCAUGUAGGCCCAGAACAGGUGAUCUGUGUUCAUGAUUUGACAUCAGUGUAUCAUGUGCCAUUGCUUAUGGAGAACCAGGGUGUAGUCCAAUAUUUGAAUGAUAGACUACAACUUAACAUUUCUAUGCCACGCCCAGGAAGAUUCAUGCAGAAAUGGCGUAAUCUAGCGAAACGAGUGGACAAUCUUCGACGUGAAGUCAACAUUGCCCUUGUAGGAAAGUAUACAAAACUAGAAGACAGCUAUGCAAGUGUUACCAAGGCUUUGCAACAUGCUUGUAUCGCGGCUGGCUGUAAGCUCGUCUUGACGUACAUUGAAGCGGUUAACUUAGAGAAGCAAACAAAGAUUGAUGACCCUGUCGCGUAUCACAAAGCAUGGCAGGACCUAUGCAAAAGCGAUGGUAUUAUAGUCCCCGGCGGUUUUGGUCAAAGAGGAAUAGAAGGUAAAAUCGAAGCGUGCCAAUGGUGCAGGGAAACUCAGAAGCCUAUGCUAGGAAUAUGCCUCGGCCUGCAGGCGGCCGUCGUAGAGUUCGCUAGAAAUGUGCUCGGCUUGAAGGGCGCCAAUAGCACUGAGGUGAACCCCGACUGCGAUGACAAGCUCGUCAUCGACAUGCCGGAGCACCACCCUGGCAACCUCGGCGGUACUAUGAGACUCGGGAAAAGGAAAACUUACUUGGAGCCUAGCAUCGUAUCAAAACUGUACAAGAAAGACGUGAUAGAAGAGCGCCACAGGCACCGUUAUGAGGUGAACCCGGAGUACAUAGAGCGUCUGGAAGCCGGCGGCCUGCGCUUCGUGGGCAAAGACUCCACGCGCACUCGCAUGGAGGUGGCGGUAGUAGACUCGCACCCCUACUAUGUGUCUGUGCAGUUCCAUCCCGAGUAUCUGUCCCGGCCACUGUCACCCAGUCCAGUGUUUAUGGGGUUGAUACUUGCUUCUAUUGGCAAGUUGAAGAGUUACUUGUCUAAAGGAUGUCGAUUCAGCCCUAGAAAUCAGUCAGAUGUUAGCUCAGAUGAAGAAGAUAUAUCAAUAUCUUCAUUAAGCCUGAUAGAUGAAAAGAGUGUACUAGAAAAUGGAAAACCAGUUAAUGGUGUGCAAUAAAUAUUAGUAAAAUAAAUGUAUAGUUGAUAAGCUAAACCCGUCUAUUUGCCCAGUUUAAAAUGAGUUGAAUUAGUUAGUUUUAUAUGAUUUACUUAAUUUUAAGUUCUAUACUUUUAAAACUAAGAAGAGCAACGCCAUAACAUUUGAUAUUGUGACUGAUGUUGUCGUACAUAUUUCACAAUCUCUAAACUAAUAUGACAGUUCUGUGUAUUGCUAUCCCUUUCUUAAUGCUCUCUGCGUAAAAGGUAGCAUUAUAUUUAGACCUGUCAAUUAAUUAUAUUAACGUUGAGAAACAGGUUCCUAUAGUUAAUCUAUCCUAAUCUAAGGAUACGUUACUUGCAGCAACGUUAUUAUUUGUCAAAAAUUGUAUAAUCUUUAUGGCAAAUAACAAUGGUUACUUAUCGACGGAUUACAGACAUUAAAUAUAGGAACCCAACAUUAAAUAAGAGAUUGUGUACAACAGAAUUAGUCACAUUAUGUAAUGUCAAACUUGUAAUUGAAUUCUAGUUUCUUUAUUGUUGUGCUUAUUUUUUACCUUAUUCUGAGACCUUAUUAUAUCUAGGUUGUAAUUGCUAUUAUAUAAAUAUGACAGCUAUGCGAGUUGCGGAGCAACUUUCCGAUGGUUUCUCAAUUGAAAUACCUAGUACACUAUGUACUUACUUAUACGUUAUGUUUUUAUUGGAAGCUGAUAUUAUUAAAAAAAAAACUGCCUUACACUUUUCAAUGAUAUAUUUUAAUGAGAUUCUAAUUCUGUGUUCUAAUUUUGUUUAGUUCUUAUUUUUGUGUCUAGAUCUUUAGGUAUCAAGUUGAAAAAUAAUUAUUAUUAUUUUUGUUUGCUACACAUACUUAGAAAGUUUUAAGUAAGAAAAUGAGUUUUAAUUUUAAGAAAACUGAUGUGAGUUUUAAACUUUUUACACUGUUUUUGGACAAAGAUGAAUUUUAUCUGUUAUACCUACUUAUUCCAUAAUAAAAAUAUAAUUAUCUUCUAGUUUCAGCUAUUACUGUUUACGAAAUCAUAAUACAACAAGUAUUUUAUUCGCCUUAUUACAAUCUGUAAUUUUUUUUAAAGAACAUGUUAUUACCUAUUGUAACUAAAAUAUUUUAUAGUCAAAUGUAUUCAAAAAUAUUCAAUAUUUCUUAUUCUUAUUUGGAUAAAGUUCUUGUGUCCAAAGGAAAGCUUUGAGAUGGCUUAUAGACUUGUACUCCUAAUUGAAUGCAAUGACGAAUUAGGGUGCAUCUGGUCAGUGGUGCUAUUAGAUGCACAAUCUGCUGAAAGUUGCCUACAGAUUUGCUCGGAUUUAUGACAAUUUUCACCUUGAAUCAAAUAAAGUUUAGGAAAUGAAUUAGCAUUAAUAUUCCGUAAAUUACUGUAUUUAGCCAUACAGACACAUUUUAUUGAAUCUUUAUGUACUUUAAUUAUUAUCCUCUUCAUAUUUUUACGGAAUCAGCAUUAAAUGAUUUAACAUACUUGAGCAUGAUAGAAAAAUCAAUGUAUUUACUAUACUUAUUAAGUUGAUAUGUUAAAUCGUUAGUAGGCAAACCUUUAAAAUAAAAGUUACUAGUUAUUAAGUUGAUAUUAUGUUAAAUCGUUAGUAAACCUUUAAAAUAAAAAAUAAAAGAAAUAAAAUGUGUUAGCAACAAACAAUUUUACGACAAAUCAACAAGUGAUAUCUGUGAAAUAUCCUCGAUUUCAAUGUUGAUAUUUAUUAUCGAUCGAUUAUAUGUUAAAGAUCGAUAAAAUCCAGCAAAUCUGUAAGAAACUGACAGGAAUCUUACUGGUCAAAACACAGCAUGUCAAGCGACAAACGAUCGUCGAAAAUCUAACAAAUAUGCAAUCUACUUUUAGACUCGUAAGAUAUAAAUUAUCGCUUGCAUAUGUUUCGCGUUCAUUUAAUAUGUAAAAAUAUUACAGCAUGUUUAUGAAUUUUAAGAUAAUUUAAAUAAGUAAUUUGAUUGUGAUAAAUGCGUAAAUAUAAAAAAAAAAAACUUUAAUGUCUCGGUAGUAUAUUGGUGCCUAUUUGGUUACACAAAUAUCUUUAACAUUAUUACUAAUUAAAUUGACCACUCUAAAUGUAAUGCUAUCCUUUUCGAAAUGAUCCCCGUAGAAAAGGAUAGCACAUCUCUAGUAGGUACACGAUCACUUGUUAUGUUUAGAGAUUUGUGCAAAACCAAUAAGGCACCUUUGUAUAUUAGUUUAUGUAUGUUGAAAUAUAAGAAAUGUACCUAUAUUAAUAUCGAUAUCGGAAAUAGCCUAGUCAUCAGCUAUACAGCAUAAUAACUUCAAUUAGUUAACCAAAACUUCAUAGUCAACAUAUUCUGAGAAAUUUAUUUUUAUUAAGUAUACAUAUUUUAAAUUGAUAAAUAUAGUUAUUAAUGUAAUACAAUCUACCCUACAAUAUGAAUUAUAAGCUAUGAUUGAAAUUAACUAUUUUACAUUAUUUUAUAUUGUUAAUAUCAAUCUAUAGGAAGUGUUUCAUUGCACAUUUGAGCUGUUCUUGAUGAAUUAAUACCUAACUUAUCCAUGUUCUCAAACGGUACAGCCCGCUUGCAUAAUAUGCGCUUUUGCGUAAAUGUAGGCGUAUAAUAUAAUUGUUACACUUAUAUCAUACAAGUAAAAAUAAAUAUAUCAGUAAACAUUCCACAUUAUACAUUAUAAAGUAAAUAUUUCAUGCUUGUUUUACUAGGUAUGAGCGUAUGGAAUAACACAAAAAUGGCUGGUGAAAAAGUAAUCAAUUUGGUAAAGCAAUUUGCUUUUACGCAAAAUUUUCAAAUUCUAUUGGUUUCCUGUUUUAGAUUUAUUUUUUAUUUUUAUGGAGACACACAGUAUUAAAAAUAAGCAAAAGGUAACACAAAUAUAAAGCACACGCACCACAACAGUCUCCAACGAAAAGUUAUCGCAAAAUUAAAAUUAAAACACAAUAGCCGGGUAUAAGAAGGUUAGAUGUACACAUUUCGUAACAAGCUUUUGCAACUUCGUACUUUUAAAGAAACAGCACAUAAACAUCCUGCAAAGACCUUGGAAGUUGAGAUGCUUGAGGCCUGAUUGUUAUUCUGUGUAUAAGUACACGUUUAUUUUUCAAUAACUGUAUUAUGUUGUAUAGUUUUGACUGAAAAUUAGAUAGUUAGAAAUAGUCUAAAAGAUCUAUAUUUUCAUUUUAUUUUACUUACUGUUAACAUUGAUGUAGCAGAAAUCUAUCCCAUUAUUUACCUGAAUUAUUGUUACUUUUAGAAGAUGAAUCUCUAUACACAAAAAAUACACAAAAAAACAUUCUUAAAGUGCCAACAUAUUAUUUAAGAGUAGUGUAAAUGUAUUUUAACCCAAAUUAGUAAGUAUACGAUAUAAACUAAAUAAUAAUAUAUGUUGUUCGUGAAAUAUUUAUAAGGCGUCGUUCAGACGGGAAGCGUUCCACGGUGCGUUGGCGUAGCGUAACGCGGCCAAAUAUAACGAUGUUGAUGUACCUAAUAUGUGAGCUUUUACGAAGAAGUGUCGUCGCGCGCUUUUGGCGCUCCAAGUCGAGCGUGAGUGCAUGCUGUUCCAAAUAUCAACAUUUAACGGAUGGGACAUACUCAAGAGUUGAAACAAAUCAAUAGACUUCCAUCUUAGACUGCUCAAUCACUUACCACCAGGUGAAAUUGCAGUCAAGGGCUAACUUGACCGUAUCCAUCCAACCAUCUCCCAUGAACCGUGUAACCACAAGACGUGCCGCACAACGCGACGUAUCACGUGCCGCGCAACGUCUUCCUGAACGUAACGAUUAGGUAUUAAAUAAUAAUAUGUAUAAUAUCCUUUUUUUUUUAAGAAUAUUAGUUAUGCUAAUCAUGACUAAUACUCCCCUUGCCCUCCAAUUAAGCGUAAAACUUGUGCCAGGAGUGGGUACGACAAUAGUUCUACGGAUGGAGUUUGAACCGCUGACCUUUCGGAUUUCAGUCCGCUCCUCAACCGUUGAGCUAUCGAGGUUCUAACUUAAUGUUCAUGAAUUUGUUUAAAUGGUAUGAAUGUGUUAGGCCGUGCGAUACUUGGAGCGGGCAACCACGCGCUGUAUUCGCAAGGUUUCCGCUCAAUGUAUUAAAUAAUUGUAACAUUCACAGUUUUCACACUCGCCAACGUCGCUCGUCGGCUAAUGAUAGGUACCGAUGUUUGCCUGAGUGGGAAUGUACUAUAACGCACGGUUUUGGUGAACAAUAUUAUUAAUGUAAGUAUAAGAUAA